AUGUCUACUUCCACCUCCGUGUCUAUGUCUCGCUCUAAUAGCGUGUUUCAUAACGCGUUCCACAAUGCAAGCAGCCAGUUUGCUCAUGUUACUGACCCUAACGAACGCCGUCGCUUGGCCCUUGCGGAGAUUGACAAUGCCCGCUUUGGAUGGCGCCAUGUCCGUGCUGUAGUUGUGGCUGGGGUAGGUUUCUUUACGGAUUCCUACGAUAUCUUCGCUAUCAACUUGUGUUCCAGCAUGCUCGGAGUCGUCUUCUGGCAGGACGCCUUGUCUAAGCCCGGGAAGAUACCGUCUGAAGCCGACACCGCUAUUAAGGUGUCGACAUCCGGUGGUACCGUUGUUGGUCAGCUGGUAUUCGGCUGGUUGGCUGAUCAGAUCGGUCGGAAGCGCAUGUACGGUGUCGAACUGAUGAUGAUUAUUUUUGCUACCCUUGCCCAGUCUCUGUCUUCCGAUUCGCCUGCCAUGUCCAUCGUGGGAGUCUUGAUCUUCUGGCGUGUCCUUAUGGGAAUUGGUAUUGGUGGAGAUUAUCCGCUGUCUUCUGUCAUUACCUCAGAAUUUGCAACUACCAAAUGGCGUGGUGCUAUGAUGGGCGCCGUCUUUGCAAUGCAGGGAUUUGGUCAGUUUGCGGCUGCAGUUGUGGCCUUGAUCGUAACUUCAGGGUUCAGAAAGUCUCUAGAGACCGCUAGCUCCGUGGAUCAUUGCUCAGGCGUCUGCCAGCUUGCUGUUGACAAGAUGUGGCGUGUGGUUAUCGGGUUUGGUGCGGUCCCUGCUUGUAUUGCUCUUUAUUACCGGUUGACCAUUCCCGAAACGCCUCGCUAUACGUUUGACGUGGCUCGUGACGCUGUUAAAGCAGACAAGGACGCGCAUGCCUACCUUGAAGGAAAACGUGAAGGCAAUCUUGAUGCGGUUGAGCGCGCAGCUACGUUGCAAGAGAACAGCAUUGAACUUGCUACUCCCAAGGCAAGCUGGUCUGACUUCUGGGCGCACUAUUCGCAAUGGAAGAAUGGCAAGAUUCUCCUUGGAACUGCAGGCUCCUGGUUUUUCCUCGACGUUGCGUUCUAUGGCCUAGGCCUUAACAACUCGAUUAUUCUCGGUGCCAUCGGUUGGACGGGAGGACAUAACGUGUACGAGGUCUUCUAUCGUAAUGCAGUGGGCAAUCUGAUAUUGAUCUGCGCUGGUGCCAUUCCCGGAUACUGGGUUACAGUGGCCACGGUUGAUACCCUGGGCCGCAAGCCAAUUCAACUGAUGGGGUUCAGCAUUCUAACCAUCGUCUUCAUUGUCAUUGGAUUUGCGUUUGAGCCGCUCAAGAGAUCCCAUAACGGUCUCCUGGGGCUUUACGUCAUUGCGCAGUUCUUCUUCAACUUCGGACCCAAUGCCACGACUUUCAUCGUCCCCGGAGAGUGUUUCCCAACACGCUAUCGGUCGACUUCACAUGGGAUUAGUGCAGCUUCCGGGAAGAUUGGCGCGAUCAUCGCGCAAUGCGUGUUUGGCCCUUUGGUGCACAAGGGCGCGAAGUCGUCUGAUGAGUCUCCUUGGCUUAACCAUGUUAUGCAGAUCUUCGCGUUCUUCAUGCUGUGUGGGUGCUUCACUAGUCUUCUCAUCCCAGAGACCAAGCGGAAGACCUUGGAAGCUAUAACUGGAGAGGAGGAACAGCAAUCUUCUAAUGGCUCAAUUGCCUCGGAAGAAAACCACGCGAAGCAGGAGGAGGAAGGUCAACACAGCAGGCUCGAUAGCAGCACUGACAUCGAAGGAAAGUAGUUCAUUAAUAUGGAAGCCUAUCUGCAUUAUUAUCUACACAUAUGAAUAUCGACGGGGAUGGUCAGCAAUGGCAGUUCACGAGGGAAGUGCCAGUUGAGGUGUCGUAGUUAGUUAGUCACUUGUACCAUGGGAGAAGAAAGUCAAAUAAAAU